GCCCGAACCAUGGCGACCCGGUGGGUCCGCGGCGCUCGGCCAAGCCGAAACGAGAGCCCAAAAAGAGAGCCCAAAGCGGAACGUGAACGUGAACGGUUUCACCGAAGGAACUGGGCCAGGACCGGGACGCUUUGGACGACUUGGCCAGCGAAGAUCUGAACAAGUCGUGUUCCCUUGAUAGGGCCGUGGCUCAAACAGCAUCUCUCUCCAGAUCUUGGUCCAAGAGCGAUGCAGAUUGCCGCUGCACCCGCCCACUUGGCGCAACCCAGACACCUGGCAACGCCUCCGGCUCCCAACGCAGUGCGUGCCGCGCACCAUCCUGGUCUGGCACGUGCGGGUGCGCUGAGUGCUGCGGGGGUGUUCUUCUCCGCUCUAUCGCGGCGAAGAAAGCUUGCAGCGCGGCGGGCGGAAGGGGAGCAGGUGGUAACACCUUGGGAAGUGGAAGCUGGUGAAGAUGGAGUGGACUAUGAUAAGCUGAUCGAGACCUUUGGUUGUCAGCCAAUCACCUCAGAGCAGAUCGAGCGUAUCGAACGCCUCACGGGCAAGCGCCCGCAUCGCUUCCUGAGACGAGGGCUCUUUUUCUCCCACAGAGAUCUGGAUGAGCUGUUGAAUGCCUAUGAGAAGGGAGAAGCCUUUUACAUUUACACAGGUCGAGGUCCCUCGUCCGAGUCCCUUCACUUGGGGCAUUUGGUGCCUUUCCUUUUCACCAAGUGGUUGCAGGAGGCCUUUGACGUUCCCUUGGUGAUUGAGCUCACUGAUGACGAGAAAUUCUUAUUCAAGAAAGACUUGACCAUUGAAGAGUCCAGGCGUUUGGCAUGGGAGAACGCCAAAGACAUCAUCGCCUGCGGCUUUGAUCCAAAGAAGACCUUCAUCUUCCGGGACAGCGACUACAUCCAGCAGCUUUAUCCGGUGACGCUGCAGAUCCAGAAGCGGAUUUCGCUCAGGACUGCUCAAAAUACCUUUGGCUUUGAUCCAGCUGACAACAUCGGGAAGGUGGCCUUUGCCGCCGUGCAGGCGUCGCCCGCUUUCUCCAUUGCCUUUCCGGACUUCUUAGAGCCAGGCCGCCGCUGCUUCGUGCCGCAGGCCAUUGACCAGGACCCCUACUUCCGGCUUUGCCGCCGGGUAGCUGAGGACCUCAAGUGGCCGAAGCCUGCCUGUAUCCACUCCAAGUUCCUGCCGGCCUUGCAAGGUCAUCAAACCAAGAUGUCGGCCUCUGUGGCCUCCACGGCCUUGUACAUGACCGAUACGGAGAAGAAACUCAGGAAGAAGAUCAACAAGCACGCCUUCUCUGGGGGCGGGAAGACCGAGGAGGAACAGCGAGAGCAUGGGGCAAAUCUGGACGUGGACGUCUCUUACCAGUAUUUGAAGAUUUGGCUUGAGGAUGAUGAGGAGCUGGAGCGGAUUGGUGAGGACUACGCUGCAGGGAAGCUGCUCACGGGUGAGGUGAAGAAGCGUUUGGGCGAUGUGGUCUCCGAGAUCGUGCGAGAACACCAAGAGGCCCGAGCGCGAAUCGAGGAUGCCACCGUAGAGAGGUUCAUGGACCCUGCCCGGGAGGAGCUUCGAAGCUCCUUUGCCAAAAAGCUGGCCACUGAGGCUGCGUAGGUCACGGGGUGGAAUCCCGCCCAGGGACUCAGAUGUGGCCAACCGCAGAACUCCAGAUGAGGAAGAGUUCUGUGAAUCGCAGUGAGCUGGGAGC